GUCAUGGCUCCUGGGCUGAUUGAGCCUCAACCGGCUGUUGAACCUGCCCAGCAACACUCACUGUCCUCGGUGACACAGCGAUACGAUGACUGCUUGCGAUUCUACCUGAACGGGACCAAAGUGGUCCUCGACGAAGCCGAUCCCGAAGUUACCCUUCUAGAAUAUCUAAGAGGCGUAGGUCUAACGGGGACGAAGCUUGGCUGUGCAGAAGGUGGUUGUGGAGCCUGCACUGUGGUUGUCUCGCAGUACAACCCGACCACGAAGAAGAUAUAUCAUGCAUCGAUCAAUGCAUGCAUUGCUCCAUUGGUGUCAGUCGAUGGCAAGCACGUUAUAACUGUUGAAGGCAUCGGCAAUGUCAAGAAGCCUCAUCCUGCUCAGGAACGCAUAGCCAAAGGCAAUGGCAGUCAAUGUGGCUUUUGCACGCCUGGCAUCGUAAUGAGUCUGUAUGCGCUCCUGAGGAACAACGACAGCCCAUCCGAACAUGAAGUUGAAGAGGCGUUUGAUGGAAAUUUGUGCAGAUGCACGGGAUACAGACCCAUUUUGGACGCAGCACAGUCAUUCAGCGCGAACAAGGGAUGCGCGAAGGCCAGGACCAACGGCGGGUCUGGAUGCUGUAUGGAGAAGAGCGACGCAAAUGGCAAAAGUGACUGCUGUCAGAAUGGUGCCAAGGACGACCAGCCCAUAAAGCGCUUCACGCCGCCAGGGUUCAUCGAAUACAAUCCAGAGACAGAGCUUAUCUUUCCACCUGCGCUCAGAAGACACGAGUACAAGCCUUUGGCAUUCGGGAACAAACGAAAACGAUGGUAUAGACCUGUCACGCUCCAGCAACUCCUCGAGAUCAAAAGCGUGUACCCUUCUGCCAAAAUUAUCGGAGGAUCGACAGAAACGCAAAUCGAGGUCAAGUUCAAGGCCAUGCAGUAUACAGUCUCGGUCUUCGUCGGCGACAUUCCAGAGUUACGACAAUAUAAAUUCGAAGAAGACCACAUUGAGAUAGGUGGCAACGUAACUCUGACUGACCUAGAAUAUCUCUCCCUUGAGGCUGCUGAGCACUAUGGCUCCGAGAGAGGACAGCCAUUCACCGCCAUCAACAAACAGAUUAGAUACUUUGCAGGACGUCAGAUCAGAAAUGCCGGCACCCCAGCAGGUAACCUUGCGACUGCCUCACCUAUUUCAGACUUGAAUCCUGUAUUUCUGGCAACCAAUGCGACGAUCGUCGCAAGGUCGCUGGACAACACCAUUGAAAUUCCCAUGACCGAGUUUUUCAAAGCUUAUCGAGUGACUGCAAUGCCGCCAGACGCUAUCAUUGCCAGCAUCCGAAUUCCCGUAUUUGCUAAGAAGGGCGAGUAUAUGCGAGCAUACAAACAAGCGAAACGAAAGGAUGAUGACAUUGCUAUCGUUAACGCAGCUUUGCGAGUACAUCUGGAUGAAGGUAACGUCGUGAAGGACUCAAGUCUCGUGUAUGGUGGUAUGGCACCUGUCACUAUUGGAGCAAAGAAGGCAAUGUCUUACCUCGCCGGCAAGAAAUUCACCAAUCCAGCGACACUGGAGGGUGUCAUGAAUGCUCUCGAGGAAGAUUUCGAUCUGAGAUUUGGUGUUCCCGGCGGCAUGGCAACGUAUAGAAAAUCUCUGGCGCUCGGAUUCUUUUAUAAGUUCUACCAUGAAGUAUUGUCUGCGCUCAAUCCCGAAGGAACGGAAGUUGAUCAGGACUGCCUGAAUGAGAUCGAGCGAGAAAUUUCCAAGGGUCACAAGGAUCAUACUGUUGGUCAAGCUUAUGAAAAAAAGAUUCUCGGGAAGGAAACGCCACAUGUUGCGGCACUGAAGCAAUGCACGGGAGAAGCUCAAUACACGGACGACAUUCCUGUGCAGAAAAACGAACUGUUUGGAUGCAUGGUGCUCAGUACCAAGGCUCACGCGAAGAUUCUGAGCGUCGAUGCCGCACCAGCACUGGAAUUACCUGGCGUGUACGACUACGUAGAUCACCGCGAUCUUCCAAAUGCCCAGGCCAACUUCUGGGGAGCCCCCAAUUGCGAUGAGACUUUCUUUGCUGUUGACGAGGUCUUCUGUGCUGGCCAGCCUAUUGGCCUAGUACUUGCUACCUCGCCAAAACGUGCUGAAGCAGGCGCUCGAGCCGUGAAGAUCGAGUACGAAGAUCUGCCUGCUAUAUUUACCAUGGAAGAAGCCAUAGCUGCGAAUAGCUUCUUUCCGCAUUACCAUUACAUCAACAACGGCGAUGUCGAGGAGGCUUUCGCCAACGCUGACCACGUCUUCAGUGGCGUGGCACGCAUGGGUGGGCAGGAACAUUUCUAUUUGGAGACUAAUGCCUGCGUAGCGGUACCAAAGCCGGAAGACGGCGAGAUGGAAAUCUUCAGCUCGACGCAGAACCCAACUGAGACGCAAGCCUACGUCGCACAAGUCACUGGCGUGUCCGCCAACAAGAUCGUCAGCAGAGUGAAACGACUCGGCGGUGGCUUCGGUGGGAAGGAAACGCGCUCGAUCCAGCUUGCAGGCAUCUGUGCGAUCGCAGCGAAGAAGACGCAGCGACCGGUGCGAGCCAUGCUGAAUCGUGACGAAGAUAUUAUGACAUCGGGACAACGACAUCCGUUCCUUGGCCAUUGGAAAGUCGCAGUCAAUAAAGACGGCAAGCUUCAAGCACUAGACGCGGACGUUUAUAACAACGGCGGCUGGUCACAAGACCUCAGCGCUGCUGUUGUCGACAGAGCACUCAGUCACGUCGAUGGCUGCUACAAUAUCCCCAAUGUGUCGGUGCGAGGAAGGAUUUGCAAGACUAACACUGUCUCGAACACAGCCUUUCGAGGCUUUGGUGGUCCACAAGGAAUGUUUAUCUGCGAGAGCUUCAUGGAAGAGGUUGCCGACCAUCUGGGAAUGCCGGUGGAGAAGCUGCGAGAGGUUAAUAUGUACAAGUCUGGCGAGCAGACACAUUUUCGUCAAGAGCUCAAAGAUUGGUAUGUUCCUCUCAUGUGGAAGCAAGUGCAAGAGGAGUCGGCUUGGGAGCGGCGAAAGCAGGAGGUCGCCGAAUUCAAUGCGAAGAGCAAGUGGAAGAAGCGCGGGUUGUCGAUCAUUCCGACCAAGUUUGGUAUCUCCUUCACUGCUCUUUUCUUGAACCAAGCCGGUGCUCUAGUCCACAUCUAUCAUGAUGGCAGUGUACUGGUCGCACACGGCGGCACAGAGAUGGGCCAGGGCCUUCACACGAAGAUGUCGGCCAUAGCAGCAGAGGCUCUAGGAGUUCCGCAGUCGAGCGUGUUCAUUAGCGAAACGGCAACAAACACAGUGGCGAACACAUCCUCGACAGCCGCAUCUGCAUCGUCGGAUCUAAAUGGCUAUGCUAUUUGGAAUGCCUGCCAGCAGAUCAAUGAGCGACUGGCACCAUAUCGGGAGAAGCUGGGUAAAGAAGCUACGAUGAAGGAAAUCGCCCACGCGGCGUACUUUGACAGGGUAAACUUGUCCGCAAAUGGGUUUUACAAGACACCUGACAUUGGCUACGUAUGGGGACCGAAUACCGGCCAAAUGUUCUUCUACUUUACGCAGGGUGUUUCAGCAGCUGAAGUUGAGGUCGACACAUUGACUGGCGACUGGACUUGCCGAAGGGCAGACAUCAAGAUGGACGUUGGCAGGUCUAUAAAUCCCGCCAUCGACUACGGCCAGAUCGAGGGCGCUUUCGUCCAGGGUAUGGGUCUUUUCACCAUGGAAGAAUCGCUGUGGCAUCGUGCGAGUGGCCAGAUCUUCACACGUGGGCCAGGCGCAUAUAAGAUUCCCGGAUUCAGAGAUAUACCGCAGGAAUUCAACGUCAAGUUGCUCAAGGAUGUGCAAUGGGAGAAUUUGCGGACCAUACAGCGAUCGCGAGGUGUGGGAGAGCCACCGCUGUUCAUGGGAUCGGCGGUGUUCUUUGCCAUUCGUGAUGCUCUUAAAGCUGCGCGAAAGCAGUACGGGAAGGAAGAGGUUCUCAGCCUUGUGAGUCCUGCAACGGUAGAACGCAUACGCGUCAGUUGCGCGGACCCAAUUCUACAGCGAGCAGAAGUGAGAGCGCAGGAGGGAGAGAAGUCGUUUUUCAUUAGCAUAUGAGCACCGCAAUGAAAUUCGUUGUGCCGCUUGCGCGCGCGCGCGCAUUGUCUAGAGAUCCUCCUUGCCCUCAACACUUUGCGCAACCCUCAACGGUCCGUUGAUGACCAUGAGACUCAUAACCUCGUACAGCGUAUCGGCUGCGGCCAUGGUCGUGAGCUCCGCAUUCGUAUCAUACGCAGGAGCCACCUCGACGAUAUCCGCAGCCACGAGAUUGAUGCCCUUCAAACCUCGAAUAAUCGUCCUAAGCUCUCGAGUUGACCAUCCACCUGUCUCGGGAGUUCCAGUCGCCGGAGCGAAUGCCGGGUCAAGCGUAUCGAUAUCAAUCGAGAGGUACACAGGGUUCUUGUGGCCGACUCUUUCAUGAAUUUUCUUGAUGAUGCCCUCGGUGCCGAUGGUGUCGAUCUCGCGCGCUUCGACGAUGUGGAAGCCGCAGUAUCCGUCAUUCUCGUAGUCCGACGUUCCACUGAGCGUCGUGCGGAUCCCGGCGUGGAUGUUGGUGUCGUUUCUGAGAAGUCCUUCCUGUGAGGCGUGGUAGAAGUAGGUUCCGUGGUUGACGCUGGCGACUUUGCUGGGAGAUCCUCCGAAGACUUUGGGUCUCCAUGUGUCUAGAUGAGAGUCG